AUGUACGGGCUGUCAGCGAUCUUAUCGCACAGGUAUAAAGACGGUACGGAAAAACUGAUCGCGUACGCAUCAGAGAAAAUACCGAAGGAGGAAAUGAACAGAGCAAUUAUAGAUAAGGAGGCGAACGCGAUUGUAUUCGGGUUGAUGAAGUUUUAUGAUUUCGUUUACGGCCGAGAAAUAAUAUUACGUACGGAUCAUAAGCCGUUAGAGCACAUAUUCGGUCCAACAAAAGGUAUACCGCUCAAAGCUGCGAGCCGUUUGCAAAGGUGGGCAUAUUUUUUGUCAGGGUUUCGGUACAAGAUCGAGUACAUUAAAUCGGAGUGCAGUAGAAACUGCAACGCGUUGUCGCGUUUACCGGUUGAUGAAACAAAUAUUUUCGGCGCAGAGUUCACACCGGUUUAUUAUGUCAAUGAAAAGAUGAAUAUCGUAGAUUGGCAGGAGGUAGUCCUUGAAACAAAACGCGACGAAGUCUUGAGCAGAAUUGUAAAAUUUUGCAUCUUAGGAUGGCCAAACAACAACAAAGAUUUGUCCAGCGAGGAGCAAAAUUAUUUGGUUAAAAAGAACGAAAUCGCAAUAGAAGGGAAUUGUUUGUUUUGGGGAUGUAGGGUAAUUAUACCAGAAUCAUUGUGGGACUGGAUAUUAGCUGACCUUCAUGCAUCGCACCUAGGGAUUGUGAAGAUCAAGGCCUUGACGCGAUCGUACGUGUGGUGGCCUAAUAUUGAUCAAAACAUCGAAAAUACAGUAAAGUCGUGCGGAAUUUGUAUUAAAGAACAGAAGGCACCACCACACGCACCAUUGACGCUAUGGCCUUGGCCAGGGAAGGUGUGGGAUAGGAUACACGCAGAUUUUUUGGGCCCAUUGUUCGGGGAUAUGUAUCUAGUCGUAGUGGAUGCAUAUUCGAAGUUGUCAGAGGUUAUUAAUUUCCGAAACAACACGAAGGCGUACAGAGUAGUCGAGGUGUUCGAUGAGUUAUUCGCUAAAUACGGACUACCGAAUCUGGUGGUUACAGACAACGGCCCGCAGUUCAGAAGCGAUGAGUUAGGGCAAUUUUUUAAAAGUAACGGUGUUCAGCACAGUUUUUCUCCACCUUACAUUCAAAAAUAA